AGACUGGUCUAAAUAAAACAUAAGAGCUCUCUCUCACUAUUAUUACUACAAAAACGACAGUGUUUUGCUUUUAUGUCAACAGAUUCACUCUACUUUACAAAAUGAUGUUUAAGGCGAUCAGUUGGGUUUUCUUGCUACAGUUAGUCCAUGGUAACAUAGUUCCUGGACUUGAUUUAAAGUCAUCUUAUCAGAGCCUUCGUCGUAUGGUUGAUGUUAAACCCAUACAAAAAUUAGUGGAGAAUUUCAAGAUUAAACCCAUACAAAAACUAGUGGAGAAUUUUGAACAGACUGAUGGCAUCCAGCAGCAAGCUUCCUCUGUACUUAAGAAUUUUGAACAGACUGAUGGCAGCCAGCAAGCUACCACUGUACCUAAGUUCUGUCAUAAAUUAGACUGCCCAGCCUUCACUGUUGUUAAAAAUGUUAAGGGUAAAUAUGAAAAGAGAAGUUAUCCUACCACUCACUGGGUGUCAACCCAGCUUACUGGCAUUGAUUUCACAAUGGCACAAAGAACCAUGUUUAUGAAAUUAUUCCAUUACAUUUCUGGUAAUAAUUCAAAAGGUGAAAAGAUAGCAAUGACAGUACCUGUUAUAAUGAGAUUAAUACCAGGUGCUGGCCCAGCAUGUGAGAGUAACUUCACCAUGUCAUUCUACAUCUCCAAUAAAGUCACCGAUCCACCUGCUCCAAAUGAUCCUAUGGUCACGGUCACUAAAUCCAAGCCAUUCGAUGCCUAUGUUAAGUCUUUCAGUGGCUAUAUGUUAACGGCUGCUCAGUGGGUUAAACAAGCCAGACAGCUAGCCACAGACUUGAAUGGAGCUGGUGAAUCCUACAUAGAUGACUACUUCUAUACAGCUGGGUAUGAUAAUCCAUUAACUGUCCUGUUCCGACACAAUGAGGUCUGGUACAUGGCCGAAUAAUUCUAAACAAUCUUUAAUAUCUAACUCUCAUUUCAUUUAAAUAACAAUUAACUGUGCUGUUUCGACACAAUGAGGUCUGGUACAUGGCCGAAUAAUUCUAAACAAUCUUUAAUAUCUAACUCUCAUUUCAUUUAAAUAACAAUUAACUGUGCUGUUUCGACACAAUGAGGUCUGGUACAUGGCUGAAUAAUUCUAAACAUCUGCACUCUGAUUAAAACACAGAUCUUAUUUCAUUUCGUUUUUUUUUUUAUAGUUCAAAAUUUCGUUUAACUUGUCUUUACUAUACUAGCGGGCCUGGAAAUAACGUUUUUUGAUGUGCCUGACAAAAUGUCAUGCACUAAUGAAAUAGUACCUGACAUUUUCACUUAUUGCCGGACAUGUUUUAAUAAUAUCAAUAAAAAAGACAAAUCAUUGCCGGACAAAAUGACAGGCAACAGAGGUUUAGUGUCUGACAAAGCCUGAAUCUGUGCCUGACAUUGUCUGUGACAGGUGCCUUAUUUCCAGGCUUGGUACUAGGAUCUGGAAGAGUUGUUAUAUAACCCGCUUUCUGGGUGAUGUGAGGGAUUUAGCAAAUGUGAGGGAUUUAGCAAAUGAAACGGUCUGUUGCAGCGAGUUUUUGGCGUGAGGUGCACAGAACUGUGGGUAACCCAUUAGAAAUAUCAACGCCAUAGGGUAAAAAAAAAGCAGCUUGUAUGACCUCUGACAUGACCUUCCACUAUAACCAGUCAGAUCUUCAUGUAGUAGAGGCCAUCGAAAGUAUAAAAAGAAACAAUACAAAAUAUAGAUCUGUCUUUUAAUCAGGUUGGAACAUCUACAAAUAUUUAAUUCUUAUUUCAUUUAAAUAACAAUGUUUUUGAUAUUUACAACUCCUAAAAAAAAAAAAAAAUCCCCCAAAACUGUUGCUUAGCCUUAUUUUGGUUAUUUGAACAAUUCCUGAAGAUUUCAUGUUGAUAGCUCCACUAGAAAUGAGUUAUUUUAAAAUGCAUAUUGUCGAGCAGUGCCUCCUCUUAACACAAAUAAUGUCUAACUCGUUUAAAUUGUUUUCAUGUGUUCGAUAUCUACAAUUGUAACGCCUCUCCCAUUUAAAGUACAAUUGAUUUUCAUGUUUUUGAAGCUCUAAUUAGAAUUGGAUUGUCUUCGUCUUUUUUUGAAGAUUGAUUCAUCUCCAAAUUAGUUAUCAUUUUAUUAAUUUAACUGACCUGUUUAUUAAUGAAUUGAUAUCCCAUAUUAGAUAUUCAUAUCACAAAUAAAAAUGUUUGGAGUGCCCAAGUUUAGAUUUUUUGUUGAUUCCAUAAAGUAGUUAGGUUAUUAAACAUUAAAUACAGUGUAAUUCAACUUGGCACCCCAGGGAGUUGAUAUGAUUUUUUUAUUUGAUGUUAUUUUGUCAAUUUGAUUCUAUUAACAACUGAAGAACAAUAUUUUGAGAUUAGAUCUGUUUAUUAAUUAAUCCAGUGGUUCUCAACCUAUUUUUGCCAACGGUACACCUUGGAACACAUGAAAAAAUAGCGGCGCACAUGGCUAAAUAUAGAUGAACAAAUAUAAAGCAUACAACCGUAGACACAGACACAUAGAAUGAUUCAAACUAAAUACAGAAAAACACAGCUAUGAAUUUAAUUUAUUGCAGUGUUUCGAAUUUCAUCAGUCAAAUAGCUGGCUUUUUGGGUGAGAAAUUUUCUUAGUGUGCUGUUCAAAUUCCGCGGCACACGUAGAAAGAUCUCAUGGCACACCUGUGUGCCGUGGCAUACUGGUUGAGAAUCACUGAAUUAAUUUGAGAAUACUAUUUAUUUUAUUGACCUUUUUAUUAAUUUAUAUUUUUUUUUAUAUUAGCUGAUAUCUUAUCACUUUAGAUCUAAUAUCUCUUACAUUCCAUGUGAGAUUAAAGAUAAGCAAGUUUACCCUGAACCAUGGGCAUGGAUUUAGGGGGGACGUGUCCCUUCCUUAGAAUCGGAAGGGGGGGGGGAACAAAUAGGUCUCUGUCCUGCCCAUGAUUUUGAUCGCAAGGACAGAUUUUCUGGUUUAUAUCCACAUGAAUGACCCGUUCUGAAGGCUAUUUAACCACUGCCUUGGGUCUCGCCACAGUUACUGAUCUUCACGAUAUCUUCCUCCUUAAUUGACCGAUCGCAGCUAUCAAUUUUUCCAUAUCGUCAUCAUAUUACCCCUAGAUACAGCUUUCAUCGAAAUAACACUGGUACAGUAAACUGUUUGUAAUUAUUAUUUUGGUUUGGUAAUAUAAUGUUCCAGGGUUCGUCAGUCACCCGCCAAAAGUUAUGACAAAUCCAUGCCCUUGCCCUGAUCUCUUAAAAGCACACAUUGUAUCUACUGAAUAUUGAUAUUGAAUAUGUUGUACAUUAAUAAUCCACAUCUGUGUAUAAUGUUUUAUAUUUAACUUGUAAAAUCUCAAUAUUACUUAUUAAAUAAAAACUAGUUUUGUACAAAAUAA